CGCUUUUGCAAAGAAGACAGAAGCAGAGCAGCAGGCAGGGAGCCAGCCAGGAGCGAAGCUAGGCUUUCUCUUCUUCUUCUCCUUCUCCCCCCACCCUCUUUUCCUUUUCGCAAACCCUUCCCUCCGCUUCCCCCUCCCCUUUUUCCUUAUCAGCAAUUCAGAUCGCAUGCAAAUUCCCUCCCACCCCCCCCACCCCCUUUGCCUUUUCUCACACUGGAGAGAGAGGGAGAGAGAGAAGCAGGGGCAGCAAAACCAGAAGAAGCAAAUCUCUCUUUCUCUCUCUCUCACUCUGCCUCACCAGAGCUAGAAAUCCAUCCCUUUCUCCCCUCUUUCUUUUAGCUUUCUCCUCCCCCCACCAGCUUUCCUUUUAACCCCCCUUUGCAAUAAAAGUAACCUUCCUUUCCUCCCUCUGCAGAAUCCCAUUUUGGGGGUGCAACUGUGCAGUUUGUAAGGGCUUGAUCCUUUCGCCCUCUCUCUCCAGCAAAGCUGCUUCCCCCUUUUCUCCUCUCUCUCCCGUUUUUUUUGCAAGCCUCCUCUACCCACCCACCCAUCCCGCGCCCGGAUUGCUUUUGUGCCGCGAUGGGGUGGGAAAAGCGAGCCGCCGGGUCCCCCUUCGCUGGCGCUCGCCUCCUGCGCCUCCUCUUGCCGCCGCUGCUGCUGGCAUCGUGGCUGGGCAGUUGCAAUGGAAGUUGUCCCGAGAGGGAACUGGAGAGGAGGGAAGAAGAAGCCAACGUUGUCCUCACAGGGACGGUGGAGGAAAUCGUGAACGUGGAUCCGGUUCAUCAGACCUACUCUUGCAAGGUGAGGGUCUGGCGGUAUCUGAAAGGCAAAGAGGUUGUGACUCAUGAGAUCCUCCUGGAAGGUGGAAACAAAGUCAUGAUUGGGGGAUUUGGGGAUCCCUUGAUCUGCGACAACCAAGUGUCUACAGGAGACACCCGGAUUUUCUUCGUCAACCCUGCCCCACACUAUAUGUGGCCUGCUCACAAGAACGAACUGAUGCUCAACUCCAGCCUCAUGAGGAUUACACUGCGCAAUUUGGAAGAGGUGGAGCACUGUGUGGAAGACAAACCAGGGUACUAUUUUCCACAGCCGCUGCCGACGCCACAGGAUGUGUGCCGAGGUGUGCUGUGUGGGUUUGGUGCCGUGUGCGAGAGGAGUGCAACGGGCCCCUCCCAGGGACUAUGUGUGUGCAAGAAGACCACGUGCCCCUCAGUGGUGGCCCCUGUCUGUGGCUCGGAUUAUUCUACCUACAGCAACGAAUGCGAGCUGGAGAAGGCUCAGUGCAACCAACAGCGCCGGAUCAAAGUCAUCAGCAAAGGGGCAUGUGGUUCAAAGGACCCCUGCGCAGAGGUGACCUGCAGCUUUGGAAGCACCUGUGCCCGCUCCACGGAUGGGCUGUCGGCCAAGUGCAUCUGCCCGUCCUCAUGCAGCGGCGUGCCUGAGAAUGUGGUAUGUGGCAGCGAUGGCAAGGACUACCGCAGCGAGUGCCACCUCAACAGGCACGCCUGCGACAAGCAAGAGAACCUUUUCAAGAAGUUUGACGGGCCUUGUGACCCUUGCAAGAGCACCCACAACGACAUGAACAGAGUUUGCCGGGUCAACCCUCGCACUCGGCGUGCUGAGCUCCUACUCCGGCCUGAGAGCUGCCCGCUGAAGCGGGAUCCAGUGUGUAGCGAUGAGGGGGUAACCUAUGACAACGACUGUGUCAUGCAGAGGUCGGGUGCCAUUCGGGGGAUCGAGAUCCAGAAAGUGCGGUCAGGACAGUGCCUGCUUCAGGACAAGUGCAAGGACGAGUGUCGCUUUAACGGCGUGUGCCUGAACCGCCGGGGGGCUGCCCGCUGCUCGUGCGAGCGUAUCGCUUGUGAUGGCUCCUACCGGCCUCUCUGCGGCAGGGACAGCCGGACCUAUGCCAACGACUGCGAGCGGCAGAAAGCUGAGUGCCAGCAGAGAGCCGCCAUCCCGGUCAAGCACCAGGGCCCUUGUGAUCUUGGCACGCCUAGCCCCUGCCUGAGUGUUGAGUGCACUUUCGGGGCUACCUGCGUGGUGAAGAACCAGGAAGCGGUGUGCGAAUGCCAGCAAGUGUGCCAGAGCAUCUACGACCCGGUCUGUGGCAGUGAUGGCCUCACCUAUGGCAACCCCUGUGAGCUCGAUGCCAUGGCUUGCGCCCUCCGGAAGGAGAUUAGGGUGAAACACAAGGGCCCUUGUGACCAUUGUGGGAAAUGUCAGUUUGGUGCCAUCUGCGAGGCAGAGACUGGGAGGUGCAUUUGCCCCACAGAGUGCGUCCCCUCUGCUCAGCCGGUCUGCGGCACGGACGGAAACACCUACGGAAACGAGUGCGAACUCCACGUGCGGGCCUGCACCCAGCAGACCAACAUCGAGGUGGCGGCACAAGGCAACUGCAAAACCUGUGGGACUACGACGUGCUCCUUUGGGGCCAUAUGUGUGGGUGGGCAGUGCAUCUGCCCACGCUGCGAGAAGCAACCUCUGGCCCGAGUGUGCGGGAGCAAUGGUGUCACCUAUGACAAUUCAUGCGAGCUGCGGGUGGCGGCUUGUCAGCAGAAAAAGGACAUUGAGAUAUCAAGGACGGGCCCUUGCGAGGAUGAAUGUGGGUCAGGAGGAUCUGGCUCUGGGGACUCCAAUGAGUGUGACCGGGACAGCUGCCGACAGUACGGCGGCUCAUGGGAUGAGGAUGUGGAAGAUGACCGCUGUGUGUGUGACUAUACCUGUGGAGCUGUGCCAAGGAAUCCAGUAUGUGGCUCUGAUGGUGUGACCUACGCUAAUGAGUGCGAACUCAAAAAGACACGCUGCGAAAAGCGACAGGAUAUCUAUGUGACGGGUCAGGGCGGCUGCCGAGGAACCACAAUCCUACCUCCUCCACUCCUCCACUGCAGCCAGACCGUUUAUGGAUGCUGCCCAGACAAUGUGACCUUGGCUCUUGGUGUCGGCUCUGCAGGCUGCCCCAGUACCUGUCACUGUAACCCCUACGGUUCCUAUGGAGGCAGUUGUGACCCUGCCACGGGGCAGUGCUCCUGCAAACCUGGCGUGGGGGGCCUAAAGUGCGACCGCUGCGAGCCAGGCUUCUGGAACUUCCGUGGCAUUGUCACCGACAGCAAGAGCGGCUGUACCCCUUGCCACUGUGAUCCCGUGGGCUCAGUGCGCGAUGACUGUGAGCAGAUGACAGGCUUGUGUUCCUGCAAAACCGGCAUCACCGGCAUGAAAUGCAACCAGUGUCCCAACGGAAGCAAGCUGGGAAUGUCUGGCUGUGAGAAAGACCCAUCUGCACCCUCGUCCUGCACUGAAAUGGUAUGUGAGUUUGGGGCGUCCUGCGUGGAAGCAAAUGGCUUUGCACACUGUGAGUGCCCAUCUCCACUCUGCACGGAGGCCAACAUGACCAAGGUCUGCGGCUCGGAUGGCGUGACCUAUGGUGACCAGUGCCAGCUGAGGACCAUCGCUUGCCGACAAGGGCAGGUCAUAGAGGUGAAGCACUUCGGCCAGUGCCAAGAAUCCAUCACUCAUGCCAGCCACACUACACCACCUGCAACCUUGGGAUCCCUUCUCCCUCCAACCCCUCAAGCCACCCCCCAGGUUCCUGAGCAGCCCAGGACGCCAGGCAGCUCACAGCACUUUGAAGUCAAGGCUUCCCCACAGAGCCACCCAGUCACACGACGGAUCAGCACCUCCCCUCGCCCAGCCACAACUGCUUGGACCACGCAUGGUGUCCGCCAGACCACAAUCCGACCUCUGUUGACUGCCCCGGUUGUCCCAGUCACCAGCCAGCCAGCUUACGUUGAGCCAGGCAGCGCAGAAGGCAGUGGGGACCCAGAAAUGGGCAUCAGUGGAGACCAAGAAGGCAGUGGGACAAGCUCCACCGGGGACGAGGAGAUGGAAGAAGCGAGGGUCACAAGCACCCCAGUUAUAGAGAGGGCCACAUGUUAUAACACCCCCUUGGGAUGCUGCUCUGAUGGCAAGACAGCUGCUGCUGAUGCAGAGGGAAGCAACUGUCCAGCAACAAAAGUGUUCCAGGGGGUUCUCAUCUUGGAAGAGGUGGAAGGCCAAGAGCUUUUCUACACACCAGAGAUGGCUGACCCCAAAUCAGAGCUCUUUGGAGAGACCGCCAGGAGCAUCGAAAGUGCGCUGGACGAACUUUUCCGCAACUCUGACGUCAAGAAGGAUUUCAAGAGCAUCCGGGUACGAGACCUGGGCCAGAGCAACGCCGUGCGUGUCAUUGUUGAGUCUCAUUUUGACCCAACCACCACCUACACAGCUGCCGACAUCCAGAGGGCCCUUCUGAAGCAGAUCAAAGCCUCCAAGAAGAAAACCAUCCUCGUGAAAAGGCCACAGCAGGAGAACAUCAAAUUCAUGGACUUUGACUGGAUCCCCCAGCUUUUCACCACCACUACCACCACCACCACGGCCAGCACCAUGGCACCGGCUGCCGCCACCACCCGCCACUUCACCACCACCGCUGUUCCCCGGGCCCUGUACCCAGGGAGGUCCAAUGGAAAAGCAACCGGGGCAGUCACCACCAAGAGACCAGUCACCACCGCACCAGCCACCACUGCCAGGAAGAAGCCCAUGCGCCUGACCCCAACCCCAAAGAAGCCGGCACGGCCCUGCGAUUCUCACCCCUGCCUGCAUGGCGGCACCUGUGAGGAUGAUGGGCGGGAAUUCACCUGCAGUUGCCCGGCUGGAAAAGGAGGGGCAGUUUGUGAAAAAUCGAUCAGGUAUUUCAUCCCCAGUUUUGGAGGAAAAUCCUACCUGGCCUUCAAAAUGAUGAAGGCAUACCACACCGUGCGCAUUGCCAUGGAGUUCCGGGCUUCCGACCUCAGUGGGCUGCUCUUGUACAACGGGCAGAACCGCGGCAAGGAUUUCAUCUCCCUGGCGCUGGUUAACGGCUUUGUGGAGCUCAGGUUCAACACGGGCUCUGGGACGGGCAUCAUCACCAGCAGAGUGCCUGUCGAGCCUGGCAGAUGGCACCAGCUGGUUGUCAACCGCAAUCGAAGGAAUGGCAUGCUCUCUGUGGACGGGGAGCCACAUGCCAACGGUGAGAGCCCCAGCGGCACGGAUGGGCUGAAUCUCGACACAGAUCUCUUUGUUGGAGGAGCUCCUGAAGAUCAAAUAGCAGCGGUGGCAGAGCGCACAUCAGUCACAACUGGCCUGAAGGGCUGCAUCCGCCUGCUGGACGUCAACAACCAGAUGUACGACCUGAGGGAGAAGGGCAGCGACGUGCUGUACGGCAGCGGAGUGGGCGAGUGUGGCAACAACCCCUGCCACCCCAACCCCUGCCACCACGGCGGCCUCUGCCACGUCAAAGAGGCAGAGAUGUUCCACUGCGAGUGUCUCAACGGUUACACAGGGCCAACCUGUGCUGAUGAGAGGAACCCCUGUGACCCCAAUCCAUGCCACAUCUCUGCCACCUGCUUGGUGCUGCCAGAAGGGGGCGCCAAGUGUGAAUGCCCCAUGGGGCGGGAGGGAGAGUUCUGUCAGACAGUCACAGAGCUAGACCAGACAGUUCCCUUCCUGCCAGAAUUUAAUGGGUUCUCCUACCUAGAGCUGAACGGUCUCCAAGCCUUCGUGCCAGAGCUGCAGGACAAGAUGGCCAUGGAAGUCGUGUUCCUAGCGAAGAACCCAAGUGGCAUGAUCUUCUACAAUGGGCAGAAGACAGACGGCAAAGGGGAUUUCAUCUCCCUGGCUCUUCAUGACGGCUACCUGGAAUAUAGAUACGACCUGGGCAAAGGAGCAGCUGUAAUCAAGAGCAAGGAACCAAUCCCAUUAAACACCUGGAUCAGUGUAUCACUAGAGAGGAACGCACGCAAAGGGGUGAUGAGGAUCAAUAAUGGCGAACGGAUCAUGGGAGAAUCUCCGCUUCCUCACACCUCCCUUAACCUGAAAGAACCCCUCUACGUUGGGGGAGCACCCGACUUCAGCAAGCUCGCCCGUGCUGCGGCUAUUUCCACCAGUUUUGAUGGAGCCAUCCAGAGGAUUUCUAUAAAAGGCGUCCCAAUUCUGAAGGAAGAGAACAUCCGUGGUGCCGUCGAGAUCUCUUCCUUCCGCUCCCAUCCAUGCAUCCAGAAGCCCAGCCCUUGCCAGAAUGGGGGGAUGUGCAUUCCUCGCAUGGAAAGCUAUGAGUGCACAUGCCAGAGGGGCUCCUUCGGGGUGCACUGCGAGAAAGUCAUCACUGAGAAGGCAGCAGGAGAUGCGGAGGCCAUUGCUUUCGAUGGCAGGACGUACAUAGAAUACCACAAUGCUGUGACCAAAAGUGAGAAGGCCUUGCAGUCGAACCACUUUGAGCUGAGCAUCAAGACCGAAGCCACGCAAGGCCUCAUCCUCUGGAGCGGGAAAGGGCUGGAGCGUUCAGAUUACAUUGCUUUGGCCAUUGUGGACGGCCGCGUGCAGAUGACCUAUGACCUUGGCUCCAAGCCUAUGGUCCUGCGUUCCACUGUCCCAGUCAACACGAACCAGUGGAUCCAAAUCAAAGCAUACAGAGUGCAUCGAGAUGGGUCCUUGCAGGUCGGCAACGAGGCCCCCAUCACAGGCUCCUCGCCUCUCGGAGCAACUCAGCUGGACACAGACGGCGCUCUUUGGCUGGGAGGACUAGAGAAGCUCAGCGUGGCCCACAAACUCCCCAAAGCCUACAGCACUGGCUACGUCGGCUGCAUAAGAGACGUCACUGUCGACCGUCAAGAACUGCACUUGGUGGAGGACGCUUUAAACAACCCCACCAUAUUACACUGCUCAGCCAAAUAAUAUGGCCUGCGGCCCUCCCUCCCUCUCUCCUCCCUUCCCUCUCCCCCCUCCCUUCCUUCUCCCCAUACCCCCUCAUCCUUCUGGCUAUUGCUGUAAUUAUUUUCUAUUUUUGUAAACUUAUUGCUUUUUAUAUUUUUGUGGGGGAAGGGAGGGGGGAAAGCGAGGAGGCAGAGAAGAAGAAGAAGAAGAAGAAGAAGAAGAAGAAGAAGAAGAAGAAGAAGAAGAAGAAGAAGAAGAAGAAGAAGAAGAAGAAGAAGAAGAAGAAGAAGAAGAAGAAGAAGAAGAAGAAGAAGAAGAAGAAGAAGAAGAAGAAGAAGAAGAAGAAACUUUGGGAUGGGGGGAGUCAUUUUUGGUUACUUUUUGGUGCACUGUUCUCUCUCAUCCAAGCUGGUUGGACUCUUGAGCAGGAGCCAGGCCUCCCUGUAGGGUGGUUGUUGUUGUUUUUAAUUAUUAUUAUUUAGAAAAAGAAGAAGAAACCCUUCCAGGCAAUGACCAAGGAGCAAACACGCUCCCACCUUCUCUAUCCCGCCUUCAGGCGUCAUCCUCUGCUGUAAAUGCCGUACAUACUUGAAACUUUUUCUUUAAAAACAAACAAACAUCGGUUUUGGGAGUUAACACUCAGACAAGGAGAAAAUCAUGACAAUUCCUCCCUGACCCCAGGCAACAAACUGAAGCCCUCACAGGAGCAGAAACCAGAAGUCCUCUUUCCUAACAGCUUUGAACAAAAGAAGCAACAGCCGGGUGGACAAUUGGAGGGAGGGGCAAGCAAGGGGGCAUGUGGGGAAGGCCGCUAGGUGGGUGGGUGGGGGGAAACGGGGUGCCUGCUGACGAGGUCCAAGGAAGUUGGAACAAAAAACCUUCAAACCAAGGCACCCACCUGCUGGUCUUUGCCUUGUCUUUAGUCUUAAAAGAGGUUUGCUAUUAUCUUCUUGUAACCACAAAUAGGGUGGACAAAAGGUUGGAACGCUCUCUCGCUCUCAUGCUCUCAUUUUUUCUUUCAAUGUACUUCCAAUGCAUAUAAAUGAACUUGGGGGGGGGCAGGAUUCUCCUCUCUCCUGCAAGAAUGUCUGGAGGUAUGAUCUUGCAUUAGGGGGCCAGAGAGAUUAGAGAGGAGACAGGGGAUGGCAGCACUCCUGGGCAGCACCCAAGUCCUCCCAAUGGCUGGAAGGUGACUUCUUCUUGAGUUUCCCAAUCCAUUCUUUGUUGACCACUGAGAAGAGCGGCAGUCUUCUUUUGCUUAUACUUCAUUAGCUCACAUUGGGUCCUCUCUCCCACCCCAAAAAGAUUCUGGAACUGAUAACUCUGUGGGUGCUUUAACACUCUAGUGAAGGGGGGGGAGACCACUAUGGCUCUUCAGAUGUGGUUGGAUAACAGCUCCCAUCUUCCCUGGCCAUUGGCCACACCAAUGGGGAAUGAUGGGAGCUGGGGGUUCCAACAUCUGGAGGGCCACAGGUCCCUCCCUUCUUGAAAGGACCCCCAUUGAAAAGGCUAUAGACAGGAGACAGGAUGAUAGCCUGUCUCCAUGUGCUCUAUAACACCAAGACUUGUGUGGAGGCAUAAAUAUCUGCUUUUGGGGUCCCCUCCCCUAAAAUCCCACUAUCUCCUCUUCAGAGCUGGGAGCAAAAGGCAAAGCCUAGGGAUUUGUUCUGAGUUCCAGAACUACAUUGAGCUCACAGCCCUUUCAACACACAAGAAGUCCGCUUUCUGCAAUUUAGAAGCCUAACCUUGGUGGGGAAAACUUUGAUGUUUACCUUGUUAAAAAAAAAAAAGGGAGUCAGAAAGCCUCGCCAUUCUGCUGCCCUGAUCGCCUCAUAGAU